AUGCUAAAGAUCAAAAUUUAUAUUAGAACUAGUGACCCUUACACUAGUGAUCCUUAUACUAGUGAUCCUUACACUAGUGACCCUUACACUAGUGACCCUUACACUAGUGACCCUUAUACUAGUGAUCCUUACACUAGUGACCCUUACACUAGUGACUCUUACACUAGUGACCCUUAUACUAGUUCCUCAGAAGUAGAUCAGAUGUAG